UCUAAGCUGGUAUGCAAAUUUUUUUACCUGAAAUAUUAAUUUCCAUGUUGUAUAUGGUUUGAAAUUGAAUUUUAUCAUCUGUAUUCUUUAAGAAAAGACUUGUUCUGGAAAUGGGAAGUCUGCGGAAAAUUUGUCCCCACCCUAGCCAAUAUCUUGAUGGCACUCGCAUUUAUGUCCAAGGAUCCAAGUGGGAUGGCUCUGCAAAUGGGAAGGGUGAUUUCACCGAUGGACCUAAUGAAAUCCAGAAUCCCGAAGACUUCUUUGAGGAUGACUUUUACAACUAUGGGUUCAAUCCGGCGGUUGGUUCUGUAGGGAGGUCAGUUGCAGCUACUAUCAGAGCAACAAUGCCUCCGGAAGGUUGGAAAAUUCCAUUGUUUAAUAAACUACCCAAUGGUUACAUAGAAGAAGUUCCAAACCCCACAAGGGAGUACCAUGGAUACAUUUCCUAUUCAAAACCAAGCAAGUAAUAACAUUUCUUUCAAACACCUCAUCAAAAACCUGCCUCCCUGAACUCAAACACCCACAUUUUAAGUAUGAUGUUAUCAAAGCAUUUCCCACAUUUAGAGGUGGCAAAAUCUAGUCCGACCUCAACCAAACCCAUAAAAAGUAGGUUAGGGU